CCUUGAAAUACGAUUGCUGAAUAAUCACCGACCUAGGUGCCGGAUGUAUUAACGGAAUAGAGUUAAGGAAGCUACACGAUGCCGAUUAAUUACUGAUUGGUGUAUGCUCCUGCUACAUCACGAUCGUUCGCUCGACAUUUGUCAUCAAUAGCGUUCCCAUAACCAUACAUCAGAUUAUAAAUCCUCCCUCACGUUAUAUCGCUAUAACAUUGUGGCCUAUAUAAACCGUCAUUCCCAAUUAGACAUAUCUCAUGAUUAAACAGUCUUCAAUUAAGGACAAUCGAUAAAGUUGCAACCAAGAUCAAGAUCUUUGACAAUGUCAGGAAAAGCUAUCGUCGGAGUCGAGAAGGGGAAAGUCGAAAUUCGCGAUGUGGAAAAGCCCAAUGUGAAGGAGGGUUAUGUGCUCAUCAAAGUGACCGCGGUCGGUCUAAACCCGGCGGAUUGGAAGGGCAUUGAAUACAAGGCGGCACCUGGCCUCAGGUUUGGCGCAGACUACGCCGGAGUUGUGGAGGAGCUCGGCCCCGGCGUGACGAAAUUCAAGAAGGGUGAUCGCAUAACAGGAAUAGUUCAUGGAGGAAACGAGCUCGAGCCAAAUGUUGGAAGCUUUGGCGAAUACACCCUUGGCAGAGCGGAUCUCCAAUUCAAGAUCCCCGACAACCUCACUAACGAGCAAGCCGCUACCAUCGGCGUAUCCACAAUAACAGUCGCCCAAGGUCUCUACAAAAGACUCGAACUCCCAUGGCCCACCUCCCCCACCCCAACGCCCUUCCCGAUCCUAAUCCACGGCGGCAGCACCGCGACCGGGGUCCAAGGAAUCCAGUACGCCAAAGCGUCCGGACUAACCGUCAUCGCGACCUCCUCGCCGCACAACUUCGAGCUCCUCAAGUCCCUCGGCGCAGACACCGUCUUCGACUACCGCUCCCCGACCGCCGGCGCGGAAAUCAGGGCCUUAACGCGCAAUGAACUGACGCUGGCUUGGGACUGCGUCGGCACAGGCGCAGAGCUCGUCGCGCACGCGCUCAGCGACGCGCUGCCGAGUAAAUACGCAAGCAUCAUGCCCGUCGACGCGGAGCGCGUCCACGCUAUCAAUCCGAAGGUUCAGGGUCCUGUGUUUCACAUCGGGUACGAUGUUUUUGGUGAGCCGUAUAUGUUUAUGGGGAACCCUGUGCCCGUGAAAGAGGAUGAGCACGAGAAUGCGGUUCGGUUCUUGCAGGUUGCGGCGGAGUUGUUGGGGUCGGGGAAGGUAAGGACGAUUAGGACGGUGGAGAAUUUUGGUGGGAAGGGGCUGGAGGGGGUUUUGCUUGGGUUGAGGGAGUUGAGGGAGAAGGGGGUUAGUGCUGGGAAGUUUGUUUAUACGAUUUAGGGAUGGGAUGGGAUGGGGUGGGAUGGUGUUUGGGAGAUUUUGAGGGUUGUGAGGGUGGGAGGUGGAGGUGCUUUUUGGGAGGGUGAGAAAUGUUGGUAAAAGCUGGCUUACCCCUAUUUCUAGGAAGCUAUUUAGCACGCGAAUCAUAAUAUGACGGCAUUGACAUACACAGGAUCUAUUUCAGUUACCUC